CCCACAAUCGCCACCACCCCCUCCCCCAUUGGCCGCUAGAAUGGUCUCUCCAAUCCUCUGGCGCUGUCCGCAAAUGCCACACAUCAUCUACCCUUUUAAAUCUGGACUACGCAUUCACAGCUUCACUACAACCUCACCGCUCUCCGCAAAGCCAUUAAAACCCAAGGGAUCCCCCCCGUCGUCCAAAAUGAACCCAGGAAAGCAGCGUAUGCAGUCCAGCAAGGUCCACGUGAAGAAGAAACCCAUCAUGGUGCAGAAGCCCGCCUACGAAGUCGGCCAACGCAAGGAACUGCGAAAGCGUAUCGUCCUGUCGAACACCAAUGCCAUACCGGUGGUACUGCCGACCAUGACGGCGGACCUGAUUGGGAACGAGGACGCCGCCGGGGCGAUGUUUGCGCUACCGAGCAGGGAGGCGGACACGAUUGUCGAUCGGCUGAGAGCGCUGGAAGCAUUCCAAACGAAGCAGCACUGGCCAUUUUUCUACCGCCCGUGCACCCUUUUCCGGAAAGAGACGGUGGAGGUUGGGAGAUUGUUGGAGAGGGUCAUGAGGCGGGAGGGUGCAGGAGAGGAUGGGAGGGUGAAUGAGAGGGCGAUAUUGCAUGGGUAUUAUGGGUGUGGGAGGAGCAUGCUCUUGCUGCAGGCCAUGACUUGGGCACUGCAGAAGGAGUGGGUAGUUAUUGCUAUUCCGAAUGGUGGGUUCCCGGAUCGCUCAUUUUGUAUGGGUGAGGGGGAGAUGGAGUUGCGCUGAUGGUGGGUAGCCCAGGACUUGGUUAUUGGACACACCGAGUAUGAGCUUGAGGGUAAUUCGCAUCUGUGGCUGCAGAAGGCCUACACUACGGAUCUUUUGAAUAGGGUAUUGGAGGCCAAUCAGAAGACCUUGAAAGGAGUUGGAUUCCCGUCUUCCUGCCCUGCGAGGGCAAUGGUCACUAACUCCGCACUUCUUUCCAGAUGAAAAUUUCACAAAGCUAUCGUCUGGGACGAACAGACGAAGUCCAGAAAGGCGAUUUAAUGAAAACGGUAUUGGAAACUGCAGUUCUGGAUCCAUUGCUUGCUUGGGAUGCGUUCAACGCUCUGCUGGGAGAAUUGAGUUUACCGGGAAGGUAAUUAUUAAUACCCCAACCCUCCCCCUACAUCGCUUCCGGCGAUGAAGAAUUAUCAGAUGUAGAGAUAUUUUAUCGUCCAAGAACGCAAAAACUGUGUGGAUAUUUCCGUUACCUUCUGAGGAAUACUUUCAACCCAACUUCAGCCCCAACAUGUAUCGAACCCUGGGGUAUAUAUAUGCUAACAAACUAAUUGAAACCCACCAGCCCCCCAGCACUGUUCGCACUGGACAACCUCAACCAGAUCUCCAUCCCAAGUAAAUACCGAGAUCCGGCUUUCAACGCGAUCCACUCCCACGAUCUCGCCCUUCCGAAUACAUUCCUUGCAUACCUAUCCGGCAAGCGUGGCUUUCACAAGGGAGUCACCCUCGCCGCAACAUCAUCAAAAUGCUCUCGAACGUUAGCCCUCGAUGCAGCGCUUGAAGGUCGGGGAGUCGACCCGUACGAGAGACUCGACCCAAGAAUUGGACCCUCGAUUGAGGGUGCUCAGAUCAUCCACGUGGACAGCCUGAGCAAGGAGGAGGCAAAAGCCCUCAUGGACUACUACAACGAGAGCGGGAUCAUGAAGGACCCAGUAGACAUCGCCACUUUCAACGAAAAAUAUGCAGUGUCAGCUGGUAAUCCUAGAGACCUGUUCGGCGCUUGCUUACGGAUAAGGCAGUGA